UUGCAUUGGAGUUGCAUCCACCAGGCUGAGGAAUAUGUAUUCGCUGCCGCGUACCUGAACUUCCUCAUUUAUCUUAUCGUUAUCCCAUCCUCACCCCCAUGUUUCCCCCCUUUCAAUGGCCAUGACAAGGCUCCCUCCCCCUCUGGACGACUUCCUGCGCCCGCUGCAUGUCGACGUCCCCAAGAUCCACAGCCUUGCAAGGAGCUUCUGCCGCACCUAUACACACCUCGCAGCCGAGUCCCAGGACCAGUUCCUGUCCACGCCGAUUUCGGAUUCCAUUUUGAGGCCAUCUGGGGACGAGAAAGGAAGGUAUCUAGCCAUAGACAUUGGUGGAACGAAUCUCCGCGUAGGAUUCAUCCAGCUUCUUGGCCCUGCAAAGGCACAGUCAGGGGAGCGGAACGGAGAUGGAACCGACGAUUCCGACAAAGGGUCACGUGUCAUCAGACAACUGGAGAAGUCGUGGCCCAUAGGGGAACAGCUGAAGAAUAACCAGGCAGAGGAUCUUUUUGCUUGGAUUGGAAGACGUAUUGCAGAGGUGGUGAAGGAUGGCUGUGCCGCCUGGCCUGGGAAGUUUCCAGAGGCGAUUCCGUUGGGUGUCACGUUUAGCUUCCCCAUGAAUCAACAUACGUUAUCGGAUGCCACACUCAUGUCUAUGGGCAAGGGAUUUGCCAUUACUCCCAACCUAGAUUUGGGCAAGCUACUCCUGGAAGGCUAUGAAAAAACUCAACAUCCAGAACUACCCCGGAUCAAGAUCUCAGCAAUCGCCAAUGACUCUGUCGCAACCCUCGUCUCCUUUGCCUACCAGUUUAGCAGCAAUCCCCACAGUAAAGCCACCAUGGGCCUAAUAUGUGGGACAGGUUGCAACGCCACUAUUCCUUUAGCACUCAGCAAACUCCAUCCUAGCAAGCGGCCAACCCGAGUCAAGGUGCUCGAUGACACUGAGACAAACGAGGACCUCAAGAUCACAGUCAACACAGAAUGGACGAUCAAUGGCGCAGCAGGACCCUUACGCGAACUGAAUCUUAUCACCAAAUGGGACCAGAAACUCGAUUCCGAAGGCGAGGCACCCGGGUUUCAACCUUUUGAAUACAUGACCGCAGGACGGUAUUUAGGAGAACUAGGUCGAAUCAUUAUCGUUGAUUACUUCACCAACCACCUAUCAAUUCCCUUCCUGUCUCUCCCUCCAAAACUUCAACAAAGACAUGGUCUCUCUACUACCUUCCUCGGAAACCUAGGUCCUCAUCUCGAAGCAAAGGAGGAGUCUCCAAUGCUUAAGCAGUUAGAGAAGGAGUUACCGCCGGUAACAGGAGCAGAGUCUUGGAGCUGGAAUGAAGAAGCAACGCAAGCUGUCUUCGCCAUCGCAAAUGCGAUUCAGAGACGAGCAGCAGGCCUUACAGCUGCAGCUGUAAUCGGCCUUCUGGCUUGUGCGGACGAGAUUCACUUCUCACCCUCCCCUCCUCCGUCCUACAACCAUCUCUCCAACGGCGCCGCCAAACUCCCGAGGUUGAAUUCAGAGAUCGAUGAGUUGAUGGUAGGCUACACUGGCGGCUGCAUCCAGCAUUUCCAGUCCUAUCUCUCAGACUGCCAAGCGUUCUUAGACGCAAUCAUGGAAGCGGAGUUUGGCCAGCACGCGAAGCCGAAAGUGGUCUUGAGGCCGUGUCAUGAUGGGGGGAUUCUCGGGGCGGGGAUUUUGGCCGGGACAGUGGAGAGCAUUGCGCAUGAUACCUAGAGAUUGUGUAUUGUAUCUAGCUUGAGCUGAUGUCUUUGAGUCUUGGAAUAGAAAGGAUUUUGGACGUGGUUAUGGUAGGAUUGGAUAGACCUAAGACGAGUAAUGGCAUUGAGCUUUUGAAUAGUAGGGUGGCAUGGCAGCAUAGCUUAAUGAUGGCAUCUACAGACUUACACGGCGAAGAUUUUAACACCUUUCCC